AUGCAACGCUCGCUCUGUUCCGUGUCCACGUCAAACCUGACGUUUCUCGCCGCAGCCGAGCUGUCGAAGCUAAGCUUAAAGCUACCCCCCCCCCCCUCCCCCCGAAACCCAGUCUUCUUCGGCCCUGGUUUGUUUUGGUUUGCUGCCCUCCUCGAGAUUUCCCUCCGGUUGGGGGGGAAUGGGGCCGGCCUCGGCCAGUCUCUGGGCCAGGUCGGCGGCAGCCUGUCCUCCUUCACCGGGCAGAUCUCAAACUUCACCAAAGACAUGCUGCUGGAAGGAGUGGAAGAAGUAGGGGAUGCGGCCACAGAACUGCAGGUAUCCAAUAACAAGUUGGCCGACAUCGAGGCCGCUUUGACCUCUCAGAAAUCUGAGUACGACCGGAUAAGAAAGCUCAACGCAGAGCUCGAGGAGAAGCUGGAGGCCUCAGAGAUCCAGAUCAAAGGACAGUCUGCGGAGUACAGAUCCCUCCUGCAACAGAAAGAUGUGGAGAUCAGUCACCUGAAAGCUCGGCACAGUGGACUCCUGGAGGAAGUCCAGAAUCUGCCGGCCAUGCUGCCCGUCACCACUUCCGCCUCAACCGCUACCGCCUCCUCUGUUUCCUCCUACAUGUCACGGCCCUCAGGGUCCCACCAGGGUUUCCACGGCGACGAAAUGGACCUCAGCGACGUUAUCUGGUCGCAGCAGGAGAUCAAUCGGCUGUCUGCAGAAGUCAUGCGUCUGGAGGCGGAGGCGGCCCACUGGAGGCGAAUGUCUCAGGCAUCGACGGCAGCAACAGCUGGUAAUGGCGACCAGGGAGAGGUUCUCAAACUCCAAAGAACUAUUAAGGAGCUGAGGGAGGAGAUGAGCCGGGAGGUGGAUGAACACCAGCAUGAACUGGCAGCUCUGCAGGACGCUCAGCGGCAGAAGAUGGCCGACGUCACGCGGCGACACAGAGAGGACUUGGCAGAGUACGAGGAGAGGAUAGAGGAGCUGGAGGAAAGAAAUCAUGGUGGCGGCCCAUCGACUUCUCCGUCAGAUGCCUCCGAGCUGCAUCAACUGCAGAAGGCCAUAAGCUCCCUGCAGGAAACGGCGGGUCAGCGGGAGAAGCAGCUGGCCGAGCUGUCUGCCGGCCUGGAGGAGGCACAGGCGAAGCAGGCGUCGCUGCAGCUGGAGAAAGACGAGGUCCAGGAAGAAAACACAGAGCUGCUACAGAACUACACCCGGCUGCAGGCCUCCGUCACCGAGCUUCAGACCCGGGUACAAGAGCAGGAGGGGAAGUCUCUGCAGAAAGCCCAGCUGGAUCACGAGAUCCAGGUGUUGAGGAAAAGCCUUGCAGCUGCAGAAAUAGAAAUUGAAGGACUGAAAAACAUGGCUGGGGCUGAAUCAAAGGAAGAAGUUGAGCACGCAGACAUCUUAGAACUGAACACCAUUAUUGAGACGUUGAGACAAGAAAAGGAAGUCCUAGAACAAGAAAAGCUCAUUAUCCAAGAAAGGCUCGAGGAACAAAGCGUGAGCAAUGAUGAAGCUGAGUCUGGUGACACAGAGUCCCUGGAGGCCCUGAAGGCCGAGCUGGAGAGGAGGGACAACUCACUGAGAAACACGCAGGAGGAACGAGACACUCUGAUGUCUGAGCUGGAGGAACUGGACCGGCAAAACCAAGAAGCAACACAGCACAUGAUCUCAGUGAAGGAGCAGCUCUCUGGACAGCUGAGGGAGGCUGAGGCAGAACUCACGGGACUCACUGCAGAGCUGAACGCAACCAAAGACCAGAAGAGGACACUGGAGCAAGAGCUGGAGACCCAAAAAGAGAAGGCGAGCCAGAGCGCUUUCACCCUCAACGACCUGCAUAUGGGCAAACAGGAGCUGGAACUGAGAGUGAAGGACCUGAAAGACAAACUGGGACAAGCACAGGAGCAGAGCAGGGAGGCACGUAGAGAAAUCACAGAGCUUCAGAGGACUCUUCAGGAGCGAGAGGAGCAGUUAUCUUUUGCCAAAACACAGUUGGAUCAGUCUGGGGAGAGAGGAAGCGAGGCACAGGGAACCGAGGAGAAGCUAGCGGGGAAGGAGGGCGAGCUGUCAGAGCUCAGGAGAGAAUUGGAUGAGAUAAGAUGCUCUCACGAGAAGACGCUGUCGGAGGACUAUGAGUUGAAGAUGGAGAACAGGAGGUUGAAGGUGGAGACUGAGCAGGCUGUGGGUCAUGCUGAGGAACUAGCCAAGCAGAUAAAGGAAAGCCAGGCGGCUCUGAACAGGACGUUAAGGGAAAAGGAAACUCGAAUCGAAGCUCUGAAGCUGGAGAAAAGUCAACUCGAGGGUGAAUUGGAGCAGGCUGAGAGGACGCUAGCGGAACAGGGGAAACAGUUCCAGCAGACCAUCGAGGAGUUGACUCGAGCCCGGUCCUUGGACGCGUCCACUUUACAGACGGAGCACGAGCGCGCCAUCAAACUCAACCAGGAGAAGGACAUAGAGAUAGCUCAGCUGAAGAGAGACGUGGAGCAGGCGGCGUCCGACCACAGAGACACCAACGAGAUGCUCUCCAUCACAGUCGCGGGGCAGAAGCAGCUGACAGACCUGCUGCAGGAGAAGGAUGUCUUUGUGGACACGCUAAAGCAAAAUGCUCUGGAUUUGCAGAAGGAGAUGGAGGACAGUAUUUUAGUUGUGACAAAGGAAUCGGAUGCCCUCAAACGGGCAGUAGAGGAGAAGGAUAAACAGCUGGGCUGCAUGAAGGAGAAGAACAGUCAUUUGAAGGAAGAGAUCGACCGGCUCAGAGAUCAGCAGAGCAGACCUCAGCCUCUGUCCGAGCCCAGGACCUUGGACAUCAUCACAGAGCUGGAGACAGAGAUCACCCAGCUCAGGUCCUCCAGGAGCUGUCUGGAAGAGGAGGUGCAGACUCUGAGGAGAACCAUGGAAGAGCUUCAGGCCUCGCUCCUCCUGUCGCAGCAGUCCCUGCAGGCUCAGCAGACUGAGCUUGAGCAGACUCACGCUCGCCAACAGCAGACGACGCUGAACUACGACCGACUCAUCCACGCCAGAGAUGAGGAGAUAUCCUCGCUCCAGCGGACCGUGGAGCAGCUUAGUGGGAGUCAGGUGCGCGACUUGCCACCUGUGCAGGGCGAGGUGAUCCUGCAGGAGGAGAAGACCCAGACCCUGAGUCAGGAGAGCGGCAACGAGAAACAUGACCUGUCCAAGGUCGACAUAGAAAGACUGGUGAGCGGCAUCAAGGAGAAAGAAACUGAGAUCAGCCUUCUGAACGAGAAGAACCUCUCACUGACCCGACAACUGGAUCAGCUGGUGGUGUCCCGUGAUGAGGUGGGGAAACUGUCCCAGAUGAUCCUGCAGAAGGAUCUGGAGAUCCAGGCGCUACACGCCAGAAUGUCCUUGGUCGCGGGCGGUGGACACAGCCAGGAUGUCAUGUUCCUGCAGCAGCAGCUGCAGGCGUACGCCGUGGAGAGAGAGCAGGUGCUGGGCGUGCUCAACGAGAAGACCAGAGAGAACAGCCAGCUUCGCUCGGACUACCACCGCCUCAUGGAUAUCAUGGCGGGGAAGGAGGCGGCCCUGUCGAAGCUUCAGCAGGAGAACCAACGCCUCUCCAACAUGAGCGAUCCCUCGGGAAGCCAAGAGAUGUUCAAGGAGACCAUCCAGAACCUGUCCCGCAUCAUCAGGGAGAAGGACAUAGAGAUCGACGCUUUGACCCAGAAGUGCCAGACCCUGGUGACGGUGCUGCAGUCCUCAGCAGGAGAGUCCGGCGGCGGCUCCGGAGGCGUCAGCAGCAACCAGUUCGAGGAGCUGCUGCAGGAGAGGGACUCACUGAAGCAGCAGGUAAAGAAGAUGGAGGAGUGGAAGCAGCAGGUGAUCACCACGGUCAAGAACAUGCAGCACGAGUCUGCUCAGCUGCAGGAGGAGCUGAUCAAACUGCAGGGCCAGGUCUCCGCCGACAGCGACUGCAGCUCCAAGCUGUCGGUGGACUACGCCGGACUGAUCCAGAGCUACGAGCGGAAGGAGAGCAGGCUGGGGAGUCUGAGUCAGGAACUCGCGCAGGUCCAGCAGACCAUCACCCAGCUCAGCACCACCAAGGACGUCCUGCUGGUGAAGCUGGACAGCGUGGCGCUGGCUCCCGACGUCGCAGGCGCUCCGGCCGGCGGAGCCUCUCUCGCCGCUGGCGCUCCGGUCGACCAGACGUCUCUGACGGCGAACCACGAGAAACUCCGGGAGGAGAUUGUCCAGUUGCGCAUUCAGUUGGCUGAGAAGGAAAACGCAAUCAAGACCCUCCAGGAAAACAACCACCGGCUCUCCAACGCGGCGUGCGCCACAGAGAGCGAGCAGAGGAGUCACGCCGGGGAGGCUCGUCUGGUCCGAGAGAGGCUGGAGGCCCUGCAGAGGUCCGUCAGGGAGAAGGACCUGCUCAUCAAGACCAAAGGCGACCAGCUGAGUCACGUCAGCGAGACGCUGCGCAACCGAGAGAACGACAACGAGGUGCUGAAGCAGGCGGUGACCAACCUGAAGGAGCGCGCUCUCAUUCUGGAAAUGGACGGGAAGAAGCUGAAGGAGGAGAACGAGCUGGUGGCGUCACGCUCUCGAGAGAAGGAGUCCGAGUUCAGAGCGCUGCAGGAAACCAACAUGCAGGUUUCCCUCCUGCUCAGAGAGAAGGAGUUUGAGCUGAGUGCAGUGAGCGAGAAGUCAGCGACAGUAGAGAGGAUGCUCAAGGACAAAGAGCAGGGAAAGUCUGGUGAGCUGAAUCAACUUCUGAAUGAACUGAAGUCCAUGCAGGAGAAAGCUUUUGCGUUCCAACAGGAGAGGGAUCAGAUGAUGAUGGCACUCAAGCAAAAACAAAUGGAGACCACCGCAGUACACACUGAGCUGCAGCACGUGAGGGACAAAGAACAGCGCCUCAACUUGGAGCUGGACAGGUUGCGUAACCACCUUUUGGAGAUUGAGGACUCGUACACGAGAGAAGCCGUCUCCGCAGAGGACCGGGAGACGGAGCUACGCAGGAGGGUGGCGCUGCUGGACGAGAAACUGGCCACAUCCUCGAGUGCCGUGGAGAACGCCAGCCAACAGGCCAGCAUGCAGGUGGAGUCUCUGCAGGAGCAGCUGACCGGAGUGGUGAAGCAGAGGGAUGAGGCUCUCAUCCGUCUCAGGACCUCCCAGGAGCAGGUCAACCAGUACGCCGUGUCGCUCUCCAACCUGCAGAUGGUGCUAGAGCAGUUCCAACAAGAAGAGAAAGCCAUGUACUCCGCAGAGCUCGACAUGUACAAGAGGGAGAGGGACGAGUGGAAAAGAAAAGCACUGAGGCUGGAGGACCAAGCAUCGGCCCUGCAGAUUAACCUCGAUGAAGCCAACGCUGCUCUGGAAUCAGCUUCUCGCCUCACUGAUCAGCUCGAUCUGAACGAGGAGCAAAUUCAUGAGCUGAAAAAUCAAGUGGAAAUUAGACAGGAGAUGUUGGAGGAGGCACAGAGGAAACUGAUGAACCUUCUAAACAGCACCGAGGGGAAGAUAGACAAAGUCUUGAUGCGUAACCUGUUCUUGGGAUACUUCCACACACCUAAAACCAAGCGUGCCGAUGUGCUGAGGCUCAUGGGAAGUGUUCUGGGUCUGAGCAGAGAAGAUGUUGACAAGAUGUUGGGGGAGGAUGGAGGGCACGGUGUUACCGGAUGGGUAUCGAACUGGCUGGGAGGCAGAGGAGCGCAGAGCGUCCCAAACACGCCCCAGAGGCCCACCAGCGGCGCUGGGCUGAACUCGUCCUUCUCAGAGAUGUUUGUGAAGUUCCUGGAGAUCGAGUCGACCCCCUCGCUGCCCGCAGCCAAGCUCCCCGCCCAUGACAUCAAGGCUCUGGGCGCUCCUCCUCCGAGGCGAACCGGCAGUGCCGCUUCCAGCGGCGCCGCGGGAGGUGCGGCGCUCCCCAAGCGACCCGGCGAGUCCAACCCUUUCCUGGCCCCCCGCUCUGCCGCGGUCCCCCUGGUGGCGGGCUCCAGCUCUGGCGGCUCAGGAAGUCACCUGCUGAUGAAGCCCAUCUGCGACGCCCUGCCCACCUUCACACCUGUGCCGGUCUCAUCGGAGGCCAGUGCUGGAUCCGUGCUCAAGGACUUGUUGAAGCAGUGAUUGGCCCAAUAAAGAGUCCCAGACAGACGUAUUUUCUUGCAUCAACUGUUCUAUGCAACAGAGUUUCCUUUAACUGGUCAGAGACUCCACAUGCCAAAAUGACGCAAAAUGACAACCUCACAUUAUUGUUCAGAGAGCUACUCUGUGGAUUUCCAUAGAAAGCGUCCUAUCAUUUCUGUCUUCAUCGCACGAGUUCUGGACAUAAGUGACCUUGUUGACCCACUGUGUGCAGUUCAAUCCAUGUGGGUUGAGUCCAGCAUCACCUCGGCUGGCAAGAGGAAGCCUCUCCUGUCUACUUUCUAUCCUCUGACCAGCAGGAAAACUUGUCUGCUGGGUCUUUCUUCUUCUUUCUUUUCAACAAUGCAGUUAUUUGUUUCUGAUCCGGGACUUGCCUAAAAACUCUGGCGGCAGUAGUCUGCGUCCAGAUUUAUGUGGUGCAGUACAUCUGUUCAAACCAUAAGGACAUUUUUGCUAAAUCUUGUCUUUUCCAGACUGCAAGACUGUGAUAUUCAACAAGCGUAGUAAUUAUGGCUGCAGCUGCGUACUGCGGUCGAUCGGAAGCUUGAGGGCCCGUAUGUUAAAGUACAGCACUAUUAUAUAGUUAUGUGUAUGUAAAGGCGCUACGUUGUUUCCUAUUUAUAGGCACUAAGGAUGUUUUUGAAGUGCCUGCCUUUUUGCUAAUCAGAUAGUUGUAUAAUCAGGAUUGUAAAUGGUUAAUAUAAAUAUAUAUAUUUACAGAAUGUAAAAACUGCACAUUUAAAAAGUUUUACCUGACCAGUGCAAAACUGAGCUGCUCUACAUUUUUGUACAGGAGCCAACUGCAGCAGAGUGUAAAAACCUGUAAAUCUUUGUCGAUAAGGAAUCUGAAACUAGGACGUCUGAAGGGAUUCGGAUUACCGUGAAUUGAUCUUUACCCGAUGUAAGUUCCCAUGAUUUAAUUGGAAUUUAAAAUCAAAUAAAGGUACUUCUGUGCUGGCCCUC